CUACUGCGCAGGCGCACGACCAAACGGUCGGCGCGGAAGGCUGAAAGUUGUGUUUGAACGGAUGGAAGCAGAGUAGGGGAGGGGAUUUUAUUUGUUAACAGUUUUUUUUUGUUUGUUUUGUUUUGUUGAUCAAUCCAGAAAUGGCGGCGCUGCUAACUCUGUCGCUUUCGGACAGUUCGGUUACAAACAACCAGUCUUUGUCGAGUCGGAGCAGCAACAGGAGUCCGAGAAUCGAAGAAAAUGAACGGAGGAAGAGAGAGGCGGACCCGUUUGUCCUGGCCUUAAAGUACUUCUCUGAAGUCAAAGUGGGCACUCCUGUUGUGGGGAACGAUGAGCUGGAGAACAACCUGGUGCAGGUGGAGAAGGUGGCCUUCACCAUGGGACUGUCCCCAGAGGCCAUCUCUGUUAUGCUGGAGUUUGCUAUGAGCCUGCGCAUGGGGAGCAGUCCAUGUGCGCGGGUGCUCAAGUGUCUGAUACCUGCCUCGGUGGUGCCGCAGGACGCGGUUGUCCGGGCUGUAGUGUGGCUCAGUGUUGGAGCAAUACCCAUCACCACUCAGGUCUUAUUUAUAAAGUGGGUGUUGACUGUAUUUGACAUGAUCGAUGCAAAGGAUAAGCUGCGAGCCAUAUAUGGCAUCAUCUUCAGCUUCGUCACAGAGGAAAAUCUGUGCCCUUUCAUUUGUCACUUGUUGUACCUUUUAACCAGAAAGGAAAGCGUUCGUGUCUUCAGAGUCAGGAAGCUGCUGGAACUGCAGUCUAAACUGGGACGGCAGCCUUUCCUCAUGCACCUCCUGUCACUUUAUAAAGUGUUUUGCCCUGAGCUGUUGACAAUCUCCAUACCAUCACGGAUGAGGAGUGGGUUUAAGAAUCAUAUUUCGCCCUGGAAAUCAGCUCUGAUGGCACUCCAGAAGACGAACAGCGUGAAGGUCGCCCCCGGCAUCACUCUGGCCUUCGCUGUCAAAGAUAAAACCGGCUCUCGGAAACGGAAACUCCACCAGGAGCUGCCCGAGCUGAGCGCCGUCACCAACAAGGAGCCAGAGACGGAGCAGACCAGGAGAGACCUGGUCCCCAUUGUGCAGAUCAGCUCCUUCACUCAGCUGUUGGAAAAUAUACAUCGCAUUGAGCUGCCUGCUCAGAUGGCCUCUCUGCUGGGCUCCAGUCUGGCUCUGCACUACCUGGACUGCGUGCAGGAUGAGUCUGCCCUCCUGCGCCUCAAUUUCUGGCUCGGCUGCGCUCUCCAAGAAGAGUUUUUGUUCUGCAGCGACGGAGGAGCCAACCAAGAGGAAGGUCUGCAGUUCUUAAGCAGGCUGCUGUUUGCGCAGCAAUUCCUCCAGGAGGGGUUUCCCAGUUCUACUGUCUUCCUGUACAAGUUCCUCAACGUUUGGAACGGCUCUCUGCUGUGCCCACAGAUCCUCGGCCUUCUCAGCGACAUUUCUGUCAUUCCCAGCUCGCAGAUCAGAACGCUCCUGUUAGAGCCACUCAUGCAGCUGUUCUUCACAUCCUCGCUCUUUUUUAAGUGUGGACUCAUUGAAUGUUUAAACACCAUGCUGGUAAAGUGGCUGACCUGGCACUCUGUGUACACGUUGGACGAUGACCCGGACAUCAGCCUCGACGGCCACACGUCCGUAAACAUAACCCUGUCAGGGUUCAGGGACUCUGUGAUGGAGCUGGUUCAGUUUGUGGGUCAGCUGGCCUCCGUGGGCCUCCAGCUGGAGGGCUGCCACUCUCUCCUGCUCAGCUUUAUUCUGGAUUUCUACGAGACUGUGUGUGACACUUUCCUGAAGUUUGGCCUUCACCUCAUCAUCAUGCCUCCUCCAGGAGUUUUUUACCCGGCCUUUUUUGCCACCGACCCGGUCAGCGUGGACAGACUGGCCUACAUCAUGUGCAGGUACAAAGCCAACCUGAUGUCGGCCAAGAUUCAGGAGAAAGUGACCGAGAAGGCCUUUCACAUCAGCCGGCAGACUUUCCGACAGUUCAACCAGUACCUGAUUUUCAUGGUCAACUGCCUGUGGAACUCCAGCAUGUAUUCUCCAGAGACGGAGCUGCUCCUGUCAGAGGAGCUGCUCGCGAAGAGCAACGUCCCGCAGUACUGGACCUACUUCGACUUCAUCCACCACCCAGCCUUCAUGAGCUACGCCGUGGACUUCCACCAGAUGUGUUGGCCGGACAGAAAGAACAUGGACCUCAAUUCCAUCAAGCAAUCCAAGCCGUGGAGCUGGUACCUGCAGUAUCUGGUCACCCAGGGCUUUGACGGCCUUAAAGACUUUAUUAAGGAUACCAUCAAAGGUGUGGUGACGACGGGCAGCGGGGAUGAAAGCGCGACGCUGAGGCAGCAGCUCGACUCUGCGUAGAACAAAAAAGAACCACUUGUAUCAUAAGAAUGUGUAUUUAAAAGACAUUGCGUAUUUAAUCUCUUCCGCUCAUCUGCUUCCUGCAGGUUGUUUUUAUAAUUUACAUCAUUUUUCUGACGCUAUAAGGCUCUUUUUAGUUGCUUGUGAUGCAUGAAUUUUGCCGUGUAAAUAAAGUGUUGAUAUUUUA